AAGAUGCUGAUACAGAAAAUGGAGCUUCACACCUCCACCAAAUUUCAGAAAACUGGGCAUUUAGCAGCACUGGUAACUUCAUGGAUAAUGGUGACGAUGACACUUAUAUUGUGUCAAAUUCAUCCAGGCUCUCUAUGACCAACCCUAAAUUGUACAUGAAUGCACGCCUUUCUCCUAUUUCUCUUACUUAUUAUGCUUUUUGUUUGAGAAAUGGAAAUUACAAAGUAAACCUCCAUUUUGCGGAGAUAAUGUUCACUGAUGACAAAACAUAUAGAAGCUUGGGAAGGCGUAUAUUUGAUAUUUACAUUCAGGGAGAGUUGGUAUUGAAGGAUUUCAACAUUGUAAAAGAGGCUGGUGGAGUGGGUAAGGCAGUUAUAAAAACUUUUACAGCUGCUGUGAAUAAUAAUAAUACCUUGGAGAUUCGUUUCUACUGGGCUGGGAAGGGCACAACUGAUAUCCCGAACAAAGGAGUCUAUGGUCCUCUUAUUUCAGCUAUUUCUGUGGUUAAUUCUGAAAAUGGAACUGGUAUAUCUCUGGGUGCAAUGGUCGGGAUUGUCGUUGCUGGAGCUUUUGUUAUAUUUGCAAUUGGUAUCGUCGGGUGGAAAUGUCGUGAACAGAAAAAUAAGAUGGAACAAGAUUUAAAGGGUUUGAACUUGCAAACUGGUACGUUCACCUUAAGGCAAAUCAAAGCUGCAACAAACAACUUUGAUGCUUCAAAUAAAAUUGGGGAAGGUGGUUUUGGUUCUGUUUAUAAGGGCCUUCUGUCAGAUGGCACCAUAAUUGCAGUCAAACAGCUCUCUUCCAAAUCAAAGCAAGGAAAUCGUGAGUUUGUGAAUGAGAUAGGCAUGAUUUCUGCUUUGCAACACCCUCAUCUUGUUAAGCUCUAUGGAUGCUGUAUUGAAGGAAAUCAAUUGUUGCUAGUAUACGAGUACAUGGAAAAUAAUAGUCUCGCUCGUGCUUUGUUUGGGCCAGAAGAAUAUGGGUUGAAAUUGGAUUGGCCAAUGAGACAAAAGAUUUGUGUUGGAAUAGCAAGAGGUUUGGCCUUUCUCCAUGAAGAAUCGACACUGAAGAUUGUUCAUAGAGACAUCAAGGCUACUAAUGUCUUGCUUGAUAAAAAUCUCAACCCAAAGAUAUCUGACUUUGGUUUGGCCAAACUUGAUGAAGAGGAUAAUACCCACAUAAGCACCCGAGUUGCUGGAACUUAUGGAUAUAUGGCACCUGAAUAUGCAUUGCGGGGUUAUUUAACCGAUAAAGCAGAUGUUUAUAGUUUUGGAGUUGUUGCCUUGGAAAUCGUCAGUGGGAGGACCAACACCAGUUACCGGGCAAAGGAGGAAUCUUUCCAACUUCUUGAUUGGGCACUUCUUUUGAAAGAGAAAGAGAGUUUAUUGGAACUAGUGGAUCCAAGGUUGGGCUCAAACUACAAUAAAGAAGAGGUCAUGGUGAUGAUCAAUGUGGGUCUCCUAUGCGCCAAUGCUUCAGCAGCAGUUAGGCCUACCAUGUCUGCAGUGGUGAGCAUGCUUGAGGGCGACGUUGUUGUUCCAAGGUUGGUUUCAGAUCCAAGUGUCUCAAAUAAUGAAAUGAAAGAGGCAAUGUGGCAGAAAUAUCAACAAAGCAAACAACAGAAUAGGAGUGGGAGCCAGAAAGAGAGUAUCUCAACGGAUGGCCCAUGGACUGCUUCUUCUAACUCUGCCGCUGAUCUAUAUCCAGUCAAUUUGGAUUCUGAUUACUUGGAGAAAAGAUCUUUGAGAAGUUGAAGAAGCUCCAUCUCUCAGUUUGGUCGUCAAUAUAAAUCUUAACUUGCAAUGGUUUGUGGUAUAUUUUUCAUUUUUAUUUUACAAGUUCUCUCGGAUUAUCCUUGUGAAAGAAAAAGACAUGAUUACAUGGAUCAAACUCAUUAAUGUGCUAUUAUUAUUAUUAUUAUUAUUAUUAUUAUGGGAUAGUAUUUUAGUUUCACAAAA